AAAUGGAUUCCCCUGGCUCAUCUACCUGCUCUCCUCCAGAUCUUACAGUAAUCCCAAAAAUCAGCCCAAAAAAGUGCCAAAUUUGUGAAAACCCGGCUCACGGGAAGCACUUUGGAGCGAUUACUUGCAGGGCGUGUGCAGCAUUUUUUAGGCGAUUUGGUAUUUCAAAAAAAUUCAAGCCUUGCAAAUUGGAGAAUAAGUGCACUUUUCGGAAAAAUGGGUAUUUCAGUUGCAAAAAGUGUAGAAUGCAAAGGUGUCUGCAAUUUGGAAUGACUAUUGAUAAUUUCCAAUUUGAUAGAGAACCUAUCUACAGAAAGGAUUUGGAAAUUCCGCAGACAGUUGACACAUUUUCUGGAAGGCCCAGCUUAAUACUUUUCAGUGCUCCAUCGGGCUCCAGCAGCUCCAAACAUUAUCUUGAUGUUCAAUUUCUUGUAGAUAAAGCUAUUGAGGUUUUGCUAAAUGGCUCAGAAACCCCGUUACAAGUUCCCAAUGUGUUGCAAAAAUUAGCGAUUGGAUUGCGAAACAUUCGAGGGCCAAAAGAAAAAACUUCCAAAGUUAUCACAAAAGUGGGAAGAGAAGAAGUUUUUGGUAUUUGGGAAGAAGAUAUGCUCCGAACUGCAAAAUGGUUGACCUAUUUUGAUGAUUUUCAGAGGCUUCCAAAUUCUGUUCAGAUUGAAAUUUUGAAGGGAGUGUGGUCUCUUUUCAGUCGACUGGAAAACCUCGCAACAACUGCGAGAGCCCGAAAACGGAAAUUGUGCAAAGAUGACCUGGUCAUGUCAUAUAUGAAUAAAAACUUGGUGAUUUCUGAUUUGAAAACCAUCGAGGUGGAUUUAUCUUGGUGCUCAAAGUACACGUAUGAGCAGUUGAAAUUUUUCGACCAAUAUGAUGGCGUCAGACAGUUGGAUUCUUUAAUCAAAGCAAUGCUAGAUCUCCAACCAACCAACGAAGAACUUUGCUACAUGAUUUGCCAAUUAUGCUUCCAUCAAGUUGGCAAACAGUUACAUGGACCCAUUCUAGAAACUAUCGAAAAAUUACAAGAAGUUCUGUCUAAUCACCUACACGAUUAUUAUGUGAAUCACUUGAUCCAGCCAAAAUAUUCUAUGAGAAUUGCAAGUAUGAUGAAGAUUAACAAUACAGUAGACCAAUGCCCAUACCGGGAUCGUGUAAAAGGGGAGUUAAUGCGAGUUUUCGAAGUUUUUCAUGUGGAGUGUUCUCAUCCCGGCACAUUUUUGAAUGCUUAAAGUAUUUAGUUUUUUGAAAUUUUUAUCUUUAAUAUUUUUAUAGAAUCUCUAAUCAUCAUUAUAAAGUUUUUUUUUCGAUUCAUUCACAAAAUAAACAUUUUUGACGUUGA